AGUCGUAACUCUGUUCUUUUACCUUCAUACUUAACCAUAUUGUUGAAAGGAUAGUAUUAAACUCUGAAACUGAGAAGCUGAAAAACUGGUUAUUUUCAUUUUAAGUAGGGAAACAACCUAUUUCUAUCUACUGCACAGUAGAUGCUAGUUCAAAAACACAAAUAAUUCAGUCUGGCAUUCUAAUUCAUGCAGAAGAAACAUUUCUGACAGCAAACAAUAAGAAAGAGCACUUUAAAGUUUGGGGUACUUGAAGGAACAGCUGUCUUCAGUUAUGCCUGUCUGUGGAAAGUCUCUUAUAGAUGCCUCUGCCAUUUGGCUACCAGAGCGAGGGCUGCUUGGUGGUGGCACUCCAAGUUGUGGAGCGCUCUUGUCAAAGAGCCUUGCCUGACCUUAUUGUCACUUCAGUACUAGGAAAAGACUGUGAUUUCCUAGCCUUUAAAAAAUCCAUUUUAAUCCUGUGUUUGUGCUGGUUUUAGUUUUGGUCAUUUCCAUUUAUUCUUUUUGGGAGUAUGAAUGUUGCACAACUUUCAAAAAGGGCACAUUUUUGUGACUGCAGCUCCAAGCCGAAUAAUAUGUGAUACUUGCUUGGCAAUGGGAAUUGUAGUCAUCUGUGUAUUUUGCUAUUUUCGCAAUGAAUUAUCAUCAUGUCUUGUGUUCAGAAGGAAAUGGCAGGGGAAUGGACAGAAGUUAAAUGGUGUGUGUGUUCUAAACUUGCUACUUAAACAAGUUAUUAGCAUAAUAUGUAGUUUUGCUCCUUGAAGCACAAUAGCCUGUGGAAAGAGUAUGCAUGUAGGGAUGAACAGACCCUGACCCUGAAAAGAGGGAUCUGUCUUUGUGGCUUUCUAAUCCCCUCCUCUUCAGAUUUUGGAAGUGAGUUACUAUAGCAUCCUUCCUCUUUGGAGUAUAAAGCUAAACUGGCACAGAUUGUUUCUAAAUUAAUAAUCUCUGAUUUCAUUCAUGGGUAAAGAGGCUAUAGUGCUGGUAUGUCAACUGGAAAUAUUCUGACAUGGUUAUUGACAUUCCAUUCUAAUUGUUUAUGUGGUGCCUCCAUAAUGAUUAAUAAAACAUCAAUUCAGCUGGUAUGGACAUGGAUACUUCCCCCUAACAUCUUAAAUUCAUUGAGGAAAGUGUACUACCAAAAAUUAAAUAAAGAUAUUAAAGCAAAACAAAGCAUAAUACAUGCACUAAAAUACACAAGCAAAAAUAUGAACAUUUAGUACAAAGUAAUGCAUUCAUUUUGGGUUGGCUUCUUUUUUUUCUCUUUAGGUGUUUUCAGGAAAGACUAGGCUUGCACGACACAACAACAUACCAUGGCUUAUAAAGGGUUUGCAUGGCAUGCUAACACGUCAAGAUGUAUAAGCAUGUCAUGGAACCCCAUAUAUGUCAGUGUGGCUUAGCUUUGGCUUACGUGUUCUUAUGUGGUACAAACCCAGAUGAGAUAAUCCAUCAUGGGCCAAGCUCAGCCACUAACAAGCUGCUUGGCAAGAGUGGCAAAUCUCCCAUGCAGCUCUUAGCAAGCCGCUUACACGUGACUGUUGAUGCUAAACUUCCCUUGUAGUGCUCAAGCUCUCACUCAGGGUGCCUGGCAAAGGCUCCCCCAGCUUCCUGCUGCUACUGCAUGCUGUUUUCAACUUACUACAUUUUAAUUUCUCAUUCACGUUGUUUUGUUUUGGAAUAUGAAUGCUGACCUGACAAGUGGCUGCAACAGUACAUAGACUGCAGCAGUGUCUGUCUCUGCCAGAAAGAAGCUUUGUAGCCUUAGCAUGAAGGUUGCUCAGGAUAUUUUGUGCUCAGGAUAUUUUGUGUAAGCUAAUAUAUCCACAGUGUUGUCUCCCUUUUGGCACAGUUUUUAAGGUGAUACCAUCCUGGGAACAUGCAAUAUUGGGGGGAUUCCCUGAGGAAAAGGGAGUCUCAAAUUUCCUUCUUGCAAACAAUGAUCUCCCUGAAUUUUUUAAGCAUCUGACAGCUUAAUUUGACACUGUCAAAUAGGAAUGGGGUUGGAGAGGUCUAUUUACUUGCACAUUUAUGGGAGCAGUGCAUGCAGCUGGUUCCUGCUGGAUUCUGCCAACCACCAAUAAUUUCUUUAAUUGCAAAUUUUUGCAAAAAUUAAUCUGAAUAUUUUAAAAAGUUCUUUACCACCCCAGGCAACCUCUACAGAGUACCAUGGUGCCCUUGGAGGAAGUGCUCAAGCAUAAAUAAAUUGGGAUUCCAAAAGCUUUCUUGACAAGUGGUUUGCAUGUGCUUGCUCUUGCUUUGUGUCUCAGAUUCAAGCCUCAUCAAACUAAAUCAGUUUGUGAGUACAGCAGGAAGGGAGGGAAACCUCUCUGCUUCUGUAGGGUCCUCUAUGAUACUUGGGGGAAGAUCAAGUGGGGAGAAAGUGUGCAGGAACUAAUGAUGUACCUGAUUUCCUGUUGGGCACGAAGUGCGUCUUAGGAUAAUCAACCUACAUUAUGAGACCUGUGCCACAAUGUGGGUCAUGCACAUCCUCCCAAAAUGCUACCUAAACAUCCAAGUUUGUUUCUACGUGUAGACAAUAACUAAUCUGCUAUUUGUCGUAUAUAAAGCAGCUGGUGGAGGGGGACAGAAAAAUAGCAGAGGGUUAAGUCGAUACACCUUUAUGAAGUACAAUACAAAGCAAAGAAAGUUAGUUUUGUUUCUAAAACUCUCAGUAGGAAAAAUAGGGCAUUUGAGAAUCAGUAGAUGUUCACUGACUAUAAACUAUUUGCUUUAACAGAAGAGCGAUUUGUGGAAAAACCUGGAAACGACUCUCGCCCUUUGGAGAAGUUGGAGGUUGCACCACCAUCUACUGGACAGCUGAAACAUGUGUUCUUCCACAAUGCAGUACCUUUUAUAGGGUUUGGAUUUUUUGAUAAUGCAAUCAUGAUUGCUGCGGGCACACAAAUAGAACUAUCAAUAGGAAUUGUGCUUGGAAUUUCUACUAUGGCAGCUGCUGCUUUAGGAAAUCUUGUCUCGGACUUAGCUGGAUUAGGACUUGCAGGUUAUGUUGAAGCUAUGGCCUCCAGGCUGGGCCUCUCAAUUCCUGAACUCACACCCAAGCAAGCUGACAUGUGGCAAACACGUCUUAGUGCACAUUUUGGUAAAGCUAUUGGAGUGACCAUUGGCUGCCUUUUAGGAAUGUUUCCAUUGUUCUUCUUGGGAGAUGAAGAAGAAAAAAAACUGGAAGGAAAAUAAUCUUUUUAUAAUGCUUAAUAUAUAUAUAUACACACACAUCUAAACUAAUGUACCUCAGUUAUACAACUAUGCUGUCAAAAUAUUUAGGAUUUAGCAGACAGUAACAAUGUAUAUAAUGGGGAACAAAACAGCAUGCUGUUUCAUGGAAACACUAACUUAUUGUGGCUCUGUCUUAGUACAUCUUUUUAUAAGGGGUUUUCCUUUUUUAAAUGUAAAGUGUUGACCUGUGUGUUUCACUUACACUGGCAGUUGACUCUAAGCUUCUGCUUGCCACCCUUUGCCUGUAUUGUUUACGAGAAUUAUUACUUUAAUUGCCUGCCAUCAAUGUACUGUAUGGGUUUUGUUUUUGCAUAUUUACUUAGCAUUUGAAAAUGCAUGACACAAGUUUCCCUUGCCGCUCAUCAGACCUUCCAAUCCAAUCUUUUAGUACAGCUAGGUGACAGAUGACUUUACGAGAUACCAUGCCUUGGCUGUCAUGCAGCUUUUGUUUGUCCGGAGUCACUAUUUGCACCAUGUGUGCCUGAAACAAGUCCAGUUUGAACCAUCAGCUGCAAAUAGUGUUUGAUAAAUGUUUGCUGUGGAACAACGAGGCAGUUACAGGGACUGUAUGAAGUCAGGUAUAGGUUGUCACAGUUUUAGGUGCUGCCUCAGCCUCAAAAUUCCAUAGACACUAUUCAGAAUGGGUCUCUAAUGUUAUUGAGGAGGACUUAGAACUGGGAAAUCUUUAAAGGUGGGAUCUCAGAUAGGGGCUUACAUGCAGCCAAUGGCUAGAUUUGGAAAGCUGUGGAAAAAUAUCUUGCCUCUAUGGCUACUCAUGACAGUCUCCUUACUUAGCUUUUCAGUGCUGAGCCCUGUCUCCCUGUUUUGUGUUGGUGUUUUGCAACAGCAUUUUUUUUGAAAUUCAGGCUUAGUUCUAUUUGGCAUGUAUGACCUAUCAUCAUUCCUUACCUUCCCGUGCACCACUCCCAAAAAAGAGAAGAAAAUGUAACUUUAAUCUGUCAGAACUUCAUUCCUGAAUACAAGGCAUUUGGGGAAACCCCAACAGGGAAAGGUUUUAUUGGUUGCUAAAAAGCACUGUGGGUUUGUAGGGUGCCGUAUGUGCCCUUGGCGAGCAGAGGUGGAGAAAAGGCAGCAUAUAGCACAGUGUGGCAGAUGAAGUGGUAUUGAGAUGAGUGCAGGAGAGUUUAGGAUAAUCAAGGAAGGUUGAGCAUUGAGAAGGUAUUGUUUUUAAAACAUUUGUGUUGCCUUCAGUGUGAACAAAUUUCAGUGUACCAUUUCUAGUCUAAGAAUUCAAAAAUAAUUAGUGUCCUUGUCUCUUUGAAUACUAACUUGGUAGGAAUGUUAGUCUGGACCUGUCUUAGAUGACUUUGGACUGUUUAAAUUGGAUUUUGUUUGAAUGAGUGGAUCUUAUGUGCAGAAUGUAACUUACAGAAAUAAACAUGUUUACUUUUA